UGCAGCUAGCACCAGUGUUUGUUGGAAGACUUCUCAUGUGAAAUAAUUGGGCAAAGGGUGGCCCUGAACCCUACAUUGAAAUAUUUGAGCAACCCAGGCAAAGGGGAAUGCGUUUCAGAUACAAAUGUGAGGGAAGAUCAGCAGGCAGCAUUCCAGGAGAACACAGUACAGAAAACAAUAAGACGUUCCCUUCCAUACAGAUUCUGAACUACUUUGGAAAAGUCAAAAUAAGGACUUCACUGGUAACAAAGAAUGAACCCUACAAGCCGCACCCUCAUGAUCUGGUUGGCAAAGACUGCAGAGAUGGUUACUAUGAAGCAGAGUUUGGGCCAGAACGGCGAGUCCUGUCUUUUCAGAAUUUGGGCAUUCAGUGUGUGAAGAAGAAAGACCUGAAGGAAUCAAUUGCUUUACGAAUCUCAAAGAAGAUCAAUCCUUUUAAUGUGCCUGAAGAACAGCUGCACAACAUUGAUGAGUAUGAUCUCAACGUCGUCCGCCUCUGCUUCCAAGCUUUUCUCCCCGAUGAACAUGGCAAUUACACGUUAGCUCUUCCUCCUUUGAUUUCCAACCCGAUCUAUGACAACAGAGCUCCCAACACAGCAGAACUGAGAAUUUGUCGUGUGAAUAAGAACUGUGGAAGUGUAAAAGGAGGAGAUGAAAUAUUUCUACUGUGUGACAAGGUUCAAAAAGAUGAUAUAGAAGUCAGAUUUGUCUUGGACAACUGGGAGGCCAAAGGUUCUUUCUCGCAAGCUGAUGUUCAUCGUCAAGUUGCCAUUGUGUUCAGAACGCCACCAUUUCUCAAAGACAUCACUGAACCUGUUACAGUAAAGAUGCAGUUGCGAAGACCUUCAGACCAGGAAGUCAGUGAGCCAAUGGAUUUCAGAUAUCUACCAGAUGAAAAGGAUCCGUAUGGUAACAAAGCGAAAAGGCAAAGAUCAACAUUGGCUUGGCAAAAGCUCAUACAGGACCGUGGAUCAAAUGCAUCAGAGAGGCCCAAAGUAGCUCCAUUCCCAUCUGUCACCCCUGAAGGGAAACUGAUUAAGAAAGAACCAAACGUGUUUCCAUCUGCACUGAUGAUGCCAGGGCUAGGAACUCUGGCCAGCGCUAGUCAAAUUUACUCUGCCUGCAAUCAGAUACCACAUCAGCCUGCGCAGGUGGGGCUAGGGAAGCAAGACACGCUCUCCCCGUGCUGGCAGCCCCUGUACACCCCCUCUUCAGCAGGCAACCUGGUCAAUGCACACCCACAGAACAGCUUUGCAGCAGAGGUGCCUCACGCCAGUGCUCAGGGCAGCAGCUCUCUCCCGGCUUUCCAUGAAAACCCUCUGAACUGGGCUGAUGAGAAGGAUCCAAGCUUCUACAGGAGUUUCGGCAACACAAACGGCAUGGGAGCAGUGGCGGUGUCACCUGCAGACAUGCAAAAUGUUUCUAGUAGCAGCCUUGUGCACCAGGCUCACCCUGCCAGCGUCACCACAGCGAGCAUCAUUAACAUGGAGACCGAUGACAUCAACUGCACCAGUAUAAACUUUGAAAAGUAUAAUCAAGUGCUACAUGCAAGCAAUCACAGGCAGCAGCUCCAUCAGGUGCCACCAGCCUGUACACCUGUUGCAGCCCCUGGCAGCACACCUUUUAAUUCACAGUCUAAUUUAGCUGAUCCAGCAGCUUACAGUUUUAUAGACCAAGAAGUUUUGAGUGAAUCAAGACUAUCCACCAACCCUAUCCAGAAUCAUCAAAAUAGCAUUGCAGAUAACCAGUACUAUGACACAGAUGGUGUCCAUGGGGAUGAGCUCUAUCCGUCUUUCCAAUUUGAUAGCAUCUUACAAAACUAUAACCACUGAGCCAGCAAUGUCAGGCUGGAAGUGGGUAUCUAGAGCUUUUCAAAUGGCUAGUAACUUAUCCUUCUGGAUUGCCUGCUUUCUCUCUCAGAAUGUUACUAUGUAAGUUUCAUGAUAUAACUUAAGGUUAUAUAUUGUAGCCAUAAGACUGGUGCCCAUUAAGAAGAGAGGUGGGAGUAGGGUUUGGAGUUUUGUAUCUUAAAAGUACCUCAUACACAUUUUGACACUGUUGGAAAAGGGAAUUUUUAACACACAGAAGCUUCCUUACUUUUGGGGAGCUCAGUGGUUAAAAGCAGGUAUCUUCAGAAGGGCCAAGUUUCAAAUAAUUCACAGGGUUAAAACUGGUUGGAAAGAAACUGUUUUUGCUAUGAAAAUCAACUAUAAAAUUUGAUACAACAGAAAUUAGGAAAAAAAAAAUACACAUGGGGCUCUUACUUAUUGCUUUAACAAUGUUAAAGUUUUACUCAACUUGAAAAGUUCAGGUUUCUUAACCUCUUUUAUAUGAAAUAUCCUUCUGCUAAAACAAGAUUAUGCAUUGAUUUUUCACAUCUUCAUCAUAUUCCGUUUGCUUUGAAGGCAAAUUUGCUCUCAGAAAUUUUUAAUGACUAUGUCAUUGUUAGAUGUAUUUUAAAAGACCGGAAGGUUUGUUUGAGUUUUUUAAAUAGUCCAGCUCUGUUGUAGAUGAAUCACUGCACAAAAGAAUAAACAGAAAAUAAGGACUUUUCUGCACUUCAUCCAAAGUGCACUAUGUUAAAUGACAAAACCCUGUUGCUUUAGGAAUGGAGCACACUGUUAUUUCUCUGGAAGUUUUUUUUGUGUGUGUGUGUGUGGCUGUGAUAUGUAUUUUAUUUUGAAUAGUAGAAAUAUAUUGGACCAAGGCAUCUACCUAUUUUUUCCUCAAGUAUCCUGGCAGUUUCCUGCUAUGCAGGUGACUGCUUAAGAGAGGGUCAGAUCCUGCCCCCCUGCACAACUCCCUCAGAAGAAAGCUUCAGGACAAACCCACAAGCACAGUCUCAGUGCAGCCUAAUCCAGACACACCUUAUUAACAAUUUAAGGCCAUUUCGGUCCUAAUUUCAGGACGUUUCAGUCAGUACUAAUUAAAAACACCCCUGUACGCUCAGAAAUUAGAACCUCCUUCCCUUUGCUUCUCAAUCUUCGUUCUUAGUCCGAGACAGGAGAAGUUUAAUAACAAGCCAUAAGGAUGUUACUAGCUAGGUAAGACACUUUAUUCAGCAUAUAGGGCUUUACUGUUUUAAUAUUAUUGUAACUAUUUGUAAGAAGCAACGGAUCAACAAAUACGUGAGUACAUUUCCUAAGUUACACAGCUGUUUCCUAUGGCAGAUAAGGCUUAAGAAUCUAAUUGUUACUGUUUGGCAACAUAAAACUGCACCGUGAAAGAAAGCAAUAACCAUUUCCCUUGCAUCCUUGGAUACAGAAAAAAACAAAAAAGCCCACAAUCCCAAAUCAAAAGAGCCAGCUGAGAUGCACAGUGGUAUACAAGGCAGAAAAGAGCUCCAAGAAACCUUAGUGGUUUAUGGGAGAGCAGUGACUCCUUACUGCAGUAACUCACUGGAUUCAAAGCAAUAAUACACUGCAGCAGUAACGCAUUAUACCAAUUACACAGGUUUGAGAGACUACGCUCCUUCGAUGAUGUGUAUAAAUGAUGCUUGGAAAAGUGCUCCCCAUAACUCCAGAUUCACAGCAGAAUGAACUGCCUUUAUAUUUUAAAGCAGUUUUUCCUCACAAACACAUACCUUUUCAGGAGCUCCUCAUCAGUCUUAAGCAAUACAAAGACCAAAGAAAUACACAGAACAGCAGAAAGUUUAAAACGUUUUGUUUAUUCAGUUCUUUUUUUUUUUUUAAAAGUUCUCAAUUUUAUUAAAUGUAAACAUUUUACUCAUUUUAUAGAAAGCUCUUUAUAGUACAAUUUGUUUUUGUUGUAUAAUUAAAUAUUUUCAGUGUUCUGUUCUGUUUUCCUUUGUAAACAAGUUGGUUUGGUAAUUAAAAAAUUGGUCAUCGUAAGUACUGAGCUUCUGUAACCUCCUCAAAUUUAAAAUGACUUCCCACACCUUAGAAAAGCCACAGGAAUCAGAGAAGCUGGUUUUGGUUUGUUUAUCCUGGGGCUUUCUAGGAUGUUUUAUUCUGCCCACAAUUAUUGUUGGUCACUACACAACCUAGAACUCUGUGUACAAAAGGAUUCAUUUGUCUUCACUCAUGACUUUUUCUGAUGUGGCAGGAUAAUUGACUUACCAUGGUAAGUCAGAUGAGCACAGAGUGCCAAGGCAUUCAUGCUCAUCUAGAGAUGCGCUACUGGUGCAGCUCACAUUCACCUUCCUUGGCAAACCGCUUUCUCCUAAAUCUCCAAGUUUAGCUAAACUGAUGCAAAAAAUGCAGGGAGGGGGGGAGGAUUUUUUUAAGUGACCGAUUGUUUGGAGAAAUCCUUUUCCUGAGUGCGUGGAGCAUGAAGACGAGUGAUACUAAGAACCACUGCUUGGACCUUAUUUUUCAGCAUUUUCCACGUGAUGUGCUAGAAGAGGUCUACCUCUUUCAUAUAUUGUCCUCAAGAACAAGAUUAAACCUUGCUCUCGUCAGGCUCACAAAAUAGCCUAUUUAAGUCACUGUGUAUUUACAAGUAGGUAUUUUACUUUAAAAACAAGGUGAGGGCCAAAGUACAACAUCAGUACUGCUGUUACAGUAUUCAUUACAGCUUAUGACAGGUCAAAGUAUUUAUCUUCCUUUAUUAAAACUGCAGACUUUAAAUAAAGUUGAAAAUAGCUUGCCUCUCUAAUUUUCAUAUUUUUCACAUGAUUACUGAACAGUAAAUGAACAGCUAAACAAACAGCUGCAUGGCAGGCAUUUGCACCAUCAGCUUUUUCUUUUCUUUAUUUUUCUCUUAUUUUUUCUUUUCUUUCUUUUCCCCCUCUCUUCUCAUUUGAUGCUUCAAAUUUAUCACAGAAAGUAUGUGAUUUGGGCAUUUUUUUUGAUGGAGUGUGCCACGUGGCAUGAAGACAACAUUAGACUCUGCACCCUUAGCCUAAUCUUUAUAGCCUCAUUUAGCUGCAUGCUGAUUCUUAAUUUGGUCUUCACUGUGACCAUGCCAGCAUACAGCAUAUUAAAGAAAGAGCUGAAGAUAAGAGCUCCUAGAGUGCCUUUGCAUUAUGAUAGAAGGAGUAGCCCAUUCUGCUUCCGACUUGUGAGCACUCUUUCACUUCGAGGAUAGCACGUCUAAUGUUUGUCAGGUCCAUGUUGCAGUCAGUCUUGCUUACUUUUUUUUUUUUCCCCCCCCCGUAGUUUAUGGAAUUUAUAAAUCAUAUUUUAGCUCACUCUGUGUUUCUUUCAAGAAAUCCCAUAGAUAUGAGACUGAAAUUCUCUUUUGUUUGUUUUCUGUAGUCAGUUUCUUGUUUUCUAUCAUUCACAACGCUUCCUUUCUAGGUGAUUGCAGCUACUUAUACAGAUUAUUAUCUGAGGCAGCUACUGCUGGAAUCUCUUGCUCAUAACAGCUUUCAGAUUAAAAACAAAAAAAAUGUUGCUGUCUGAUGUUCCUAUUAUUUUUGUGUCAGAAAAACAGGAGCUUCUGAACUGCUGCCAUACUUACUUAUGUCACAAUGGACUAGGCAAACAAUGAACGGCAAGUUUUGCGAGCCCAGCAUAUGUAGUGUGUGUAAUAUUUAAACUAAUUUUUCGAGAUCAGUUUUUAGGAGCACCUUUAAAAAGCUACGUAUCAAUGCCUUUAGCUAAAGGUGGGCAGCUGUUCU